AUGGUAGGAUUUAUUGCAAGAGUAUUUUGCUGUCACCAUUGGUGUCUAGCAGAAAUAGACUGAGUAGAAUCAGCAUGAAAAUUUGCUAUGAUCUAUGAUUUAUAUUUUCAUAUGUAAGAGUUUUUCCCCAGCAGAUGUGUGAGUACUAGAUAUUUUCAGCUUCCGCAGUCGAGUCUCGUGGUUCCGUGGCAGUUAUACCUUGCGCUGUUGCAACACUAGUCGCCCUUUUUCUCAAACAGGUUCCUAACCCUAUUCGCGGGUCCCCAAGGACUUCCUUCGGCGACGUUGUUUCGCGUAUGGGACUGUUUUUUCGCAGAGGGAGUCAAGGUGCUAUUUCGUGUAUCGCUGACGCUCGUGAGGCGAGCGAGGCUCAGAGUGGGAGACUCUCUGGAAAUCGUACACGCAAAGCUGAAGGAUACGGUGUUAUGAAGAUGAAUGAUGUUCAAUUUUUUUCAGUAUGGAAGUAACAUUCUAGUUUGUUGUUGUUGAGACCACAUGUGGUCCGUCCCCUGCAAGAAUCGCUUUUCCUGUCAUGCUUUGCUCUCUUGUUAGGUACCUACACUCAUUUCUUUCCCUCAUUGUAAAGUGCUACAAGUGACCUUAACAAGAGGCCACCCCAAUAUAAUUGCCAUUUCAUUCUCUUCCUCUCUAACAAACGCCACCUCCUUGGAUCAUAACGAAUUGCUGAAGGAGUGCUUUCGUAUUCGGAGAUUCAGCAGAGAAGAGCUCCACCUGGUCCGCCAAAAGAGCUACGAGGAAGUCGAGCGGCCGCCUUCGAGAUGAUAGGUGGAUCCAUUUUUCAGAUGAGAUCCUCUGUCUUUUCAGACAAUUGUCAAAACGGCAGGAAACAAACUGUUGUGAUGUAGAUGCUACAGUACUUGAUUGUUACAUGUGAAUCUGCUUGUGAGAUGAAGUUCUUGGACUACCCCUUAUGUGAACCGUCUAUGAACGAUUGGAUCCAGAAGUGCCUUAGGCUGGGGGUACAUGCGCAAGUAGUGUGUAUAGCCGGUCAGAGAGUGGGCACAAGAUGUCAUCUCCUCGUGCCACAUCAUCGCUCCCGCACGGAAAGUUAUCAGGAAUUGGCCUGGAUGAUUGUGGAGGCAGUGGGCACCUACAUGAGUUUUGCUCUAGUAGAAGUUCUUGGACUGUUGUGAGAUGAAGUUCUUGGACUACCCCUUAUCACUUUUAUGUUCUUAGAAGCGGAUACUGGUACAUCACACGAAGACGCAUUGUACAAACGUCAAAGCACGAUGACGAAGUCAUAGACCCACAGAGACGCACGCACACAGUGCUAGAUAGAGGCACCACUAUCAGAGGUCGAAAGGCGUAAGAUAGAUCAGCUGUG